AUGGUCCGUGCUUCCACGCCGCCGCCGCUGACAGUGUUUGCUUCCGCGGACCUGCCGCCAAGGGCUGCAGGGGCUAGAAGUCUCGGGGCGAGGACAAAGGCGGUGUUCCCGCCGCGUUCGUCAGUGAAAAGAGCGGCACCUCCAAUUGGACUUCCGCCACCUGUUCGUCCAAAGAACCCUGCGCUACCAAUUGGAUUGGCGCCGCCACCGCUUGCGAAGAAAGCUCGACCGCUUCCGCCGCCAUCUCUUCCAAAGAAAGCUCGGCCAUUUCUGCAACCCGCUCUUCGGCCAAAGAAAGCUCGACCGCUUCCGCCGCCAUCUCUUCCAAAGAAAGCUCGGCCACUUCUGCAACCCGCUCUUCGGCAGAGAGCGUCAGCAGCACCGCAUGCAGCAGGAGCAGAUGUAGAGGCAACAGCAGGAACAGUUCCAAAGGCAAAGGCUACUCCUUCAGAAGCUGCAGCAGAUCUGGAGCUCCCUUCGCCUCAAGCGUCAGCAGCACCGCAUGCAGCAGGAGCAGAUGUGGAGGCAACAGCAGGAACAGUUGCAAAGGCAAAGGCUACUCCUUCAGAAGCUGCAGCAGGCAUGGUUGUGGAGGCCAGCCCAUCUGUGUCCAAGUCAGCCACAGAAACAGUGAUGGAGGCGGAGGGCACCGAGAGCAGCUCUGUGAGUGGCAAUCCCGCAGUGCCCACAAGUGUGAAGGCAGAAACUAUGCUACCUGCUUUGGACGUGGUCAUGUCGUUGCAGGCCGCUUUGCCACACUUAUCCAGAGCAGCUGCUGCGGAUGUGAAGGCAGCACUACAAGCCCUUGGCACCCCUUUGACGCUAGAGGCAGGCUUAUCUUCUUCGAAGGUGUCAGCAGACGCAGUCGUGGAGGCCAGCUCAUCUUGUGCGACGACUUCAAAGGUUCCAGCAGGAACAGCUAUAGAGGCAAGCUCAUCUUCUUCGAAGGUGUCAGCAGAAGCAGUGGUAGAGGCCAACUCAUCUUGUGCGACGACUUCAAAGGUUCCAGCAGGAACAGCUAUGGAGGUUAGCCCAUCAAGUGUCAAGUCUGCAGCAGGGGCGGUUGUGGAGGCAACAGGAGGAACAGCUACGAAGGCAAGUUCAUCUGUGUCGAAGCUUGCAGCAGAAACGGUGGUAGAGGUGGUGACUUUGGAGCUGCGUUCCCUGGAGCAACGGUUAAACUACGGCAGCGUUUCGGCUGGCGCCAUGGAUGAGGCCAAGGAGGCCAUGGCCAAGGAGCUGGCGGAGCAACAGGUGCAACUGGAGCAGCGCCGGGAGGAGGUGGUGAAGUUGGAGGAAUCUCUGGAAGUCGCGCAGGCCAGGGAAGGGCUUGCAACAGCAUGGCAGCUGUAUUGCGAGCAUUUUGCAGACGGGCAGUGCGAUGUCGAGGAGACCAACCCAGAAAGUCCGGUUGUUGCCACGAGGCACCGAGAGCAGCUCUGUGAGUGGCAACCUCGCAGUGCCCACAAGUGUGAAGGGGCUUGCUUGGGCUUGUUUCUUGUUCAGGCAGGCUCAUCUUCUUCGAAGGUGUCAGCAGAAGCAGUGGUAGAGGCCAGCUCAUCUUGUGCGACGACUUCAAAGGUUCCAGCAGGAACAGCUAUGGAGGCGAUUGGCCUAGCCCCGGUCGCAAGCCCAUCUGUGUGCAAGCCUGCAACAGAAACGGUGAUGGAGGGAAGCUCUUCUUGUUCGGAGCUUUCGGCGGGUAUGGUCGUGGAGGCAACCACUAUCAACCACUCAACUUCGCUGUGCUUGCAUUUGUCGCAGAUCUGGGCAAGCCCGUCACUUCGCAAGUCUGCAGCAGGAAUCGCGGUCGAGGCAAGCUCUGCUCCUGCUGAAGCUGCAGCAGGACUGGUUGUGGAGGCAAGCCCAUCUGUGUCCAAGCCAGCAGCAGAAACAGUGAUGGAGGCGGAGGCAGCCCUGCCAACAACGGCGCUUCCCGGUGCUUGGGUGAGCCCAACAACACUCGAGUUCGCAAGCGCAGUAAGUCCCGCGUUUGCAGCGGGAACAGCUCUGGAGGUAAGCCCGUCUGUUGGUCCGGCGACGACUGGAUUGGCCAGCUCUGGUUCUUUGGUUCAGGUUAGCCCGUCUUCUUCCCCGGCAACGACCGCGCUUUCCACCUCUCGUGGUUCUUUGGUUCAGGCAUGCUAUGAGAUUCACGGUGCUUUGGCAUCUCCAAAGAAGCGAGUUCUGCGGCCGCAGCGAGUUACGCUUGCUGGAGUGAUUGGGGCUCCAGGUGGAGCUGUUCUUCAUCAGCCUGGACACUUGUCUGCUGUUGUCUAUAUGCUAACCGAGAAUGCGAGCCUGCUCAACGAGCACUUUGAUUCAUCCCUGGAGGGCAUUGCUGUGGGUUUUGAGUACGAUGAGAAACGUUUCAAGGAGAAUUGGGCCGCCUAUCUGACCAGCGAGAACAUCACAGAUUCUACACUCCUUGAAACCUACCGUGUGAUUUGCCGAGUCGGACCGCCGCCGCGGUACAUCAAGACACUUCUGGGCUGUGGUGAGGCAGACAACUGCUUAAGUCUGAUGGAAAAUUUUUUGCUCCAUCGGGCAGCUGCAGGUAUGCCCUUGUACAGUGUGAUUGUUCACAACAGCAGCAAUCAGGACCUGCAGGAAUGGCUUGGAGGAAGCAGCCUGCCCGGUCUUGAAGUUCACAGUUGCUCCGUGGUCAACGCUCCCAUUCACUUCCUGUCCCUUGGCACAGCGGAGCGCCGACCGGUGCUGAUAGUGCGAGGCGUCAACGAUGCAGACGUGCAGUUGCUGCUCAGCCACCAGACGUGGAUUUUCAGAGGUGGGCUCCCCAACUGGUCCGGGGGUUGGUUUGACAAAAACCGACAGGAAGUGGAGAAAGGUGCCCCGGGGGCGACCUACAUUCGCUACACACCGGCCAUUCCUGGUAUCCAGAUGGAGGGUUGGUUGCAGGCCAUGGACAAGUAUUGCAUGGAGUACCAGCUGGAAGGCAAGAUUCCGGGCUGCGUUGCCAGUGUAUUGGCUGCUACGCCAUGGCUGAGUUUGAAAAGGAUGUGAAAAGGAUUUGAGCAGAGAUUGGUAUCUUGCAGCCGUGGAGGAGAUUGCUGUCAGAAAUUCGUGUGUUGUUGGAAAACUACAGUCCAAGUCACUUAUCCUGCUUGAAACAUGCACUUUUACAAGUGAUUACACUUGCUGACUAUAUUCCUUCACAUUGCUCUUAAUUCUGUACGCAUCAAUUCUGUAAGUGGGCAGUUUGCGGUCGUGUUCGAAACCAGC